AUUCGGGAAAAUGUAGACGGACUCCCCUUCGUCCUAAAAUGAACUCGACCGACUGCUUUCCCACUAGGACAGCUGAGCAUAGCGUUCGAGUAAAGAAAUGUGCAGGCAGCAGGCAGCGUUCGGGCAGUUUCUCGUAUUAACGGUGCUGCUGUUGUCGUGAAUUUGCCAGUAAUUUUUACAAUAAAGAGUUCGUAGGGAUUAGUUUCUUGUUGUUAAGUGCUACGUGUUUUUUUUAAUUACAAUCGCGCCCGUAUGGGGAGCCGAAGAAAGCAAAUGAAACGAUGAUUGUAAAUAAAUUAUGGGUAAUAACCGGCGGUUAAACAAUGUCGGUUACGUUGUCAUCUAUUUGACAAUAAUAUUGCCGGUAUACGUAAACGGAAAUGGGGAUUUGUGCGUACAGCCCAAUCCGUCGACGCUCAUCUGCCGAAAUGGGCGGGUCGGGGACGUCGUCGUACCACCAAGCGUGGUGUUUCUCAGACUCAUUAACGUAACACACAGUACGACUCUGCAGCUGAAUAACGCGAAAAAAUUAGAAUGGAUUAACAGUAAUUUAAACACGACAGAUUUUCUGGAAUCGCCCGAGAGUUUAGAAUACUUAGAUAUAAGUGGAAAUGACUUCGUGUUUUACGAGGACGAGUGGCCUUUUCAAAAUUUCUCAAAUGUGAGAACCGUUAAUUUGUCUUACAACAAACUUAGUGAUCUUCCACGCAUGGUUUUCGUAGGCUUAAACAUUGAAGAAUUAUGUUUGUCAAAUAAUAAUUUGUACGCGAUUCCCUUUCAAGUUUUUGCUCCCAUGGAGCGCCUUCGAGUAUUAGAUCUGUCGUACAAUUCCAUUGUUAGUUUUUUGGAUCAUUUUUUUUUGUUUAAUAAACGCAUCGAAGUAUUACACUUGAACAAUAAUAACUUGGCUAUACUAACUUCAAACGCACUUGCCGAUUUGACUAACUUGAGGCAACUUGAUUUGUCCAAUAACGCGCUGGUAUACAUAUCAAAAGGACUCUUCGACUCCCUGAAUAACUUGCGGUACUUAAAUUUGGCCAACAAUCCUCUAUCAAAUUUGGCGGCUUGGACAUUUCGUGGCCUCUAUGGAUUGGAAGAGUUGAAUUUGAGCGGAUACGAGAUGAAGCAACUCACGUACGGUUUAUUCCAUUAUAGCCCUCAGAUAAGGUAUUUGACAUUGGACAACACCUCCAUUGAGGUGAUCCACAACACGGAACUGUUGGGACUGAAACAACUGCAAUCGCUACGUAUACGAAACAACACCUUUCUGAAAGAGAUUGAGCCGUACGUAUUACUGGACACUCCAUUCAUCAAACAUCUUGAUAUCCGAGGAAAUAAGUUGGCAUUUUUACCAUUGUCGUUGUCAAACUUAACCCAUAUCGAAUAUCUCAAUAUUGAACGCAAUCCAUGGGGUUGCGAUUGCAGAAUGAUGUGGUUCGCACCGUGGGUCGAUAAACACAACAAUCUAACUCUUUCAAAACUGAGCUGUGGCCCGCACGCUUACCCAAACGACAUGAUACCAACUUUAAAACAUCUGAACUGUUCCGGACCGCAAAUUACGUACAAGACCCCUACAAACCAAUACCGUCUCAAGUCGAACGCGUUGCUCGAAUGCCGCUUUGUGGCGAAUCCAAAUCCGUCAAUAACUUGGGUUACACCUUCGCGCGAAGUUUACCAUUGGCCAUCUCAAGCAGUCUACCACUGGAAUCCGGAUAUAACGGUGGCCGACGUUUUUUACAAACAUCCCCGUGUGCAUGACGAAUUCCUCAAUGCCAUACGCACCGUUCCUCCUAGAAUACAAGUCUUAGAAAACGGAACACUCUACAUUCAAAACGUGACGCGUGAAGAUUGCGGCAGGUACUGGUGCUACGCCAGCAACCCCGUAGCGAACUUGACCUCGGAAGUUUUACUCCACAUCGACCCCACGGACUGGAACAACAUCCGAAUUUUGAGCAUUAUUGUGGGACUUCAGUGCGCCUUCGGAUUUCUCGCACUUACCCUGAUCGUCCAAUUGCUGCGAUACAUACUGAAUAGAUUUGGUAUUCUCAAUCACUGCUGCAGUUUUUGUAAACGCGACCGAACGUCGCCUCGCGCUCGCCAAAUAUACGACAUGCUAGACAAUAUCGAGCAAUACAAAAGCCAACAACUGGAAAAGUUGCGCGAGAACUACGCUCAACAGGUCAACCGAAUUAAGGAAAACUGCAUCCAGCAAGUGGAAUGGAUCCAAGGUAGCUACCAGACGCAAGCGAAACACUUCCGAGACCUUCGGGAGUACGGAACUCAGCACCUCGUCACCUUGCGCGACCAAUACUACGACCAGGUCCGAAAGGUGCGCGAUUACUCGACGGGUCAAUUAAAUUGGGUGCGCGAGAAUUACGUCUUUCAAAGAAACAAAAUUCGCAAAUUUAGCGCGCAUAAAGUGUUACGUUUGCGGGAAUCGUACAAAUACCAACAGCAAACCUUGAAUAAGGUAUUGGAAAAUCUUCCAAGUCUCUACUUCGAUAACUGUCGCGCUGGUACGUGCGGACGAGCGGAAUCGAGUGUCUUCGAGGUCGACGAAGUGAACGGUAUCGACAUGUACAUUAAAUCAAAAAUCGAACAAUUGGCUCAGCUCGACGAUCUGACGGAUUGUGCAACGCAGAGUAGGCUUUCCCUGUACUACACGCCGACCGAGCGAUCGCUAGCAUCCAGAACCGUCUCGCCGCCGGCCGGUGUCCACAUCAAUUACAUCGAAAGAAAACCCAAAUUCCCAGACCUUCAGGAUUGGAACAGAAUGGGAGCGAGCUCCACCACUAUGGAAAAUCUUCCCGACCUCCAGGAUACCGUUGAUAAGUGUGAUAUUAAAUCUAGUGCUAGUUUACCAAAAUUGCCUUCAUAUGAAGAACACAUUAUAGAGCAUAUCAAUCAGUAUGGAGAUUGCAAAAACGACGUUGAAACUGCUUUGUAGCCCACUUUAAUAAUAACUUGUGACAGCUGUGAUAAGGUGUGAGUGAAACUAUCACAGUGUAGAGUCGUCAGCUAUGGUGUGCCAAUCGACUUAUUAUAUUGUUAAACCGUUCAGUAUUUUCAACACAUUAUUUUGCAAUUAUCUCUUCUAGUUGAUUGACAAUUUGGGGCCGUCGCAAUACCACUUUACUUAUACCCGCUAAUUUUGCAAUAAUCUUAAUAAAACAAGACUAAAUCAAAAAUGCCCAUACUAGACUUGGAUAUACCUAGUCAGUGCUUCACCUAUCAAUUGGAGACUGAGCAAUUAGAAUUUACGUUUGCUUUUAGCAAGUACCUAAUUUAAUGACAAAAAAAUGGUAGCAAUUGCAAUUGAUGGAUACUUAGGAAAUGUUUUUAAUUUUUUUAUAGAUUAAUAUUAAAAUGCCAAGAGUAGCUCUUAGAUAAACUUUAAGUGUUAAGUAGAUGAUCAUAGUUAUAAGUGAAUUCUACACUGGAAUAGAAAGUUUUUGCGGGUACCAAUUCAAAGGAAACUAUUUUUCUUAAAUAAAGAGAGACAAGAAUUCUGAACUUGGGGGAAAAUUGGCUAACUGUACGCUCUCUUCUUCCACAGAUUAAUUUGCGGUUAGCCACCAUCCUAACGUAUUGAAUGUUUAUUAUGUACCUUUUGUGAUUUAUCUACAUGUAAAUUAUAUGGCAUGUACUUGUUAAUCAAAUAAAAGCGAGAAGCUAUAUUCAUUUAUAAACGAAAA